GGGGCUCCGGGUGGCUGUGAGCCCGGCGAGGGAGACAGCGACUCGGCUGACAGGACCGCGUCGGGCUGCGGUGCGCCACCAGACCUCAGCGCGGACUCGGCUGCUUCCUGGUUGCGCGAUUCCGAGGUUCUGGCGCUGCGACGUGACCUCUCAGAGCUAGUUCACUGUGUCAUCUCUUCGGGGAAGAAGGAAGCCUUCAGUUGCAGAGAUGAGACUGGGGACUCUCACCCUUGAAUGCUCCCUUCCUUAAGCGUAUUUUUCACACCUGCGAGCUACUGUGCGGGAGCUGAGCUGUGGUCCGUCAGGGUUCACCGGCAACGGGUUCCAGUAUAGUUUUUGUGGGUGUGUUCAGGCUGUGGGGCGACAGACAUGGAAAGAGACGUCGCCCGGGCUAAGCGAAGCAGCAUCACGCAGCCCCCCACCGCUCACCGGGCCGAAGAAAACCCGACCGCAGUUCGGACGUUUUCCCGGACCGGCUCGGAAGUGGCGCUGUUCGUGGAUAAGAGUUUCCCCGUGCACUACAACCCCAAACUAGUGUGGAAAAGACCCAAGGACAUCUGUGUGUCUCCGAAGUUCAUUGUGGACGGCGCAACAAGGACAGACGUUUGUCAGGGAAUACUGAGUGAUUGCUGGUUCCUGUCAGCUGUGGCCUCUCUCUCCCAGCACAGAGCCCUGCUGGAGCGCGUUGUCCCCGAAGGGCAGGGAUUUGACCGCGAGUAUACCGGCUGCUUCCGCUUCCAGUUCUGGCAGUAUGGAGAGUGGAAGGAAGUGGAGGUGGACGACUUCCUGCCCACGGAGGGCGGCCAGCUGGUGUACCUCCACUCGGCGGAACGGGACGAGUUCUGGAGUGCGCUGCUGGAGAAGGCCUACGCCAAGCUGAAGGGCGGGUACCAGGCUCUGCAGUUGGGCUUCCCUCACGAGGCCUUAGUGGACAUGACGGGGGGCGUGACCGAAAUCUUCACCAUCCCACUGCUGCCACCUGACCUCGCGGGCUUCCUCCGCCCGCUGCUGGAGAAGGGUGCGCUCAUCAACUGCGUCAACACUCAGGGGGAAAUGGAGAAGAAGAAUGAGCAGGGCAUCCUCUUCAAGCAUGCCUACUCUGUCACCGGCCUGGAGAAGGUGAGGUGUUACUUGGGGGAGGCUGACCUGGUGCGCGUGAGGAACCCCUGGGGUCACACAGAGUGGACAGGCCCCUGGAGCGACAACAGCUGGUUGGAAUGGGCCAAGGUCAGCGCCGAGGAACAGGCCAGGGUGCAGAGGGUGCAGCAGAUAGAUGGGGAGUUCUGGAUGGAGGUGUCUGACUUCCAGCGCAAUUUCAACAUGAUGGAGGUUUGCCACCUGAGCGACAGCACCCUGAGAGGGCCGGGCGCCGUAACCCGGCCCUGGGAGUGUGCCACCCACCACGGCAGCUGGGUGCCUGGCAUCUCCGCAGGGGGCCCCCCCAGCAUCGCGGGACGAUACUGGCUGAACCCCCAGUUCCGGAUGACACUUCUGGAGGAGGACGAUGACCCGAGUGACCCCGCCCUGACUUGCAGUUUUCUGGUGGCAUUGAUGCAAAAGCACCAGAGACAGAAAGGAGUUACCCUCGACAUCGGUCUCCACAUCUACCAGGUGAGUACUAACAAGAUGUACCUGCCCUCCUGGGACCUGGCCAGAGCCCAGCCCCUGAUCGGCACGCCCCAGUACAACCAGCAGAGAGAGGUGGUGAUUCGCAGUGCCCUGGCACCUGGACAUUACAUCAUCAUCCCUUCCACCUCGAUGGCCAAUCAGGAGGGAGAGUUCGUCCUGCGCGUCUACACUGAGAAGGGCAACAAGGCAGUACCGGCUGACAAAGUCAGCAGCGACCUGAGGGACAAGUUUCCCACUCCUGCUGUGUCAGUGCUGCCUUCCCAGGAUGUCGCCCGGGAGCUCUUUAUGAAGCAUGCUGCUGCGGGGGGGCGCUGUGGAGCAGUGGAACUGCAAGGCCUGCUGAAGGAAGUCAUCGUGACAGGGGCACUGGCUGGGAGCAGGGAGGGAUUUUGCCUGGAGCGUUGCAAGAGUUUUGUGGCACUGAUGGAUACCCGGGGACUCGGCAGGCUGGAGAUGGAGGAGUUUGAGGCCCUGUGGGAGAAGUUCAGGAAGUGGACGGAUAUCUUUGUGCACUUUGACAAGAACAGGUCCCAGUCGCUGGAUUACCCCGAGAUCAUCCCUGCCCUGCAGGCUGCAGGGCUGCAGGUUGAUGAUUUCGUGUUGCAGCUGAUCGGCCUGCGAUACACUGACCCCGACCUGACCAUCAGCUACCCAGGAUUCCUGCACCUCCUGCUUAAACUGGACAUCAUGAUAGGGAGGUUUCAUUCCUUCCAUACGCUGGGAAAUGGGACCAUCACCCUCCACUACAGGCAGUGGCUCCACAGUACCAUGUACAACUGAGCCCCCCCGCAGCCCCGCUGUGGAGUGGACAGAUGCUGAUUUUCUACAUCCCGUCCACCACCCUGCCUUCAGACAUCACAGCGAUCACCUGCCCCCCUCCCCGCCCCCCACUCCUGCCCACAGGAUGACAGAGCACCUCAGUCAGGGAUGGCCAGCAGCAGGCAGUGAAACCCUUUGUUAAUUCUGAUUGAAUGUCAGGUGAGAAAGACCUGGAUACAACAUGAUAAAGUCGGGCAGAAGUUCUGCCCUGGUCUUGGAGGGGCUGCUGUUUCUUUAGGGGUAUUAGCAGCACCUUCAGAGCUGGGGGCAGCUGUUGGAUUGAUCCAGUGAAGACUGUGAUGAGCCCGAAAAGAAGUGAUGAGUGAAGACCUGCACAAACACUGGCCCCCCAAAGACUGAAGACCCCCUCAGCUCAGGCAUGCAACAACACUCCUAUUUCCUUCAGCAGUUUGCACUGUCCUGAGUCGAAAGGCAUCGGCUCGUAUCAGACAGGCGCGUCCUUCACUGGCUGUGCAAAACACUAAACAUGCUCAAUUUUAAAGGAUUAUAUUUGGGGAAAAAAAUAAAGUUUGAAGUCCGUGACCUA